UCAUGGUUGUUCGAUCCUUGAUUUUUUUCCUUGGCGGGAAAAUUCACGGAGUUAAUGUUGCGUCAAAAUGUCAAAGCGUGUCUGGUAGGUCGCUAGAAUUGCCUCUCUCGCGGGAUUUCGAAAGGAGACGACGCGUCGUCGGAAUUUCUUAAAAUUCCUCGAACUAAACAAUGAUGAUCGAAGCGGAGAUUUUUCGAUAAGAUUUUGGUCACCUCUGAAACGGAAAAGAACAGUGUAUGCAGAUUCGGUGUGUCGAAAAAGAGGUGAUAGAAAGAGAAGGUUAACACACUGCCUCGAAGCAUGAAUAAUUUACGUUCGCUCGAAUUUUAAAUAAAUUUGCCCGAAGCUCUCGGUUCCAAAACAGGCGAUGUAAUCACGACGCGGUUCGAAAGUUGUUUACGUUCACUGUCGAACGCAACUUUAUACGAAUUCUCUAUAGAAAUAGUGCUCUCUCUGUCCGUGUCAGCCAACGAAUAAUAUUCCCGAUAGAUUCCCACUUUUGAUACUUGGUCGCGAUCCAGUGAAAGAAUUCAGUGACACGUCUAUUUACCAGCUACAAAAUAUGUAUAUCGCCGUUCGAAACAGUCGCGAAGACGGAAACAAUUGCUUUUGUUGGCUAAGAACGCAAACGAACGGUCCAUACGAAUACUCGUUAUGUCGUCGGAAAUAUAAGUCCCCGGUCUUCCCUUGACGUUAAAAGAAAAAGUCUUGAUUCGCGAUUUAUAUUCGUAUAUAAGAAAAAAAAAAAAAAAGAAAAAUUGGAAUGUGAAAACAAACGAAAAACAAGGAGAAACUUAUAUCGGUUCCAUUGUAUGUAUCUUGGCGUGCGUGAAAACACUGCAUCGCGCGAUAGUAACGCGUAUCCGUCGUAUUUCGGCAAUGGAAAUAAAUCGUUGGGAAUGCUGGAAAGCAUCGAAGUGGUGAGAAUCGGUCUCGAGAUCGAGCCGUUAUAGUUUGGUACACGUGAACUCGGUGUGAUCGCAAAAUUCCACUACACUCGAGCGCGGACGAAGAGAGCGAGAGAAGAGGGAUCAUUCGUAGUGUUGAUCGGGGUUCGCGACCGAAAAAACAUGUUUGGAUCGACCGCGUGUUUAUACGAUAGGAUGUGAAAGCAAACAAUUUUGUGGCAGUGUUGGUCACGACGUAGCUCCAUCUUCGUCGAUGGUACGCGCGCUUAUCUCUCUACGGUACUCGAACAGAAGAAAUAAAAAGCUGGAACGAUGGCGCGUUAAUGAUACAGGAUGCUUUUCAAAUAUACGUUAUGUCGAAUGCUUUUCGAAUCGCUACGAUGUGUAACGGCCGUAGACGUCGAUACGUGUAAAUAUUCGCGCGCAAGAUUGAUUUCCCUCGGUAGCGUCCGUGUCGUAAUUUCGAUUAGCCUGUACGUUGUCCUAGCUCCGGUGCAAUUCGACUGACGGUGUUUACGAUUUCACGAUAUACCUUCGUAAGCUUGUGCAAUGCGUCGUAACGUUUCUUUCGCGCGACACUCGUAAACAAUCCCGCAAUGGUAUAUCAUGCUCUUCCGCUAAAUGAAUUUUAUAAAUGCAAAUCGUUUUCUUUUACGAUAAAAGAUUCACUUGCACCUUGUUGCACGCUAACGGCAUUGCUUUUGUGAAUGUGCUUUUUCUUUAUGGACAGAUGUUCUAAAGCAAGAUGACAAUAACGGGUAAUACAAAGAUUAGAAACGUUAUUGUUACAUCCUCUGCCUUGCAACAAAGUCGGAAUACAAUGUUCGAGAACGACUGUUGCUUUUUUUGUUCGAUGUUGAUUUCCUCCUCUAUCGAGACAAGUGCAUCGAGCACAAACGCGUAUUGAAGCUUUAAGAGCAGUAUUCUAUGUAGCUGUAUUGGCGCCUUUAAGAUCGAGUGAACUCGUGCGAGUAAACGAAGAUCAGGUGCACAGGGAGUCGAUACAAAGGACACUCUCUUAUAGGGCGUUAAUUUUCUUGGUUGAGAAAUCGAGUUUGCUGGAGAGUCGACGCCGUUUCUCGCGGGACCCUUUUAUUAGUCUCUCUCGAAGAGGCAGCUCGGGCCGUAGCGUGUUCCAAUUUAGUCGCACAGCCCGUGCGCGACACGUUUCUCAGCGUCUGCGAAUGCAAAACAUCUCAUUCACGGGCAAAAGUGCUGGCCGCCUGCGCCAAUAGGCGUAGUUCCUUCUGGUAGCCGGCAAAAAGCCCGAUGCGACAGGGUGGGGUUACACCGAUCAUUGCUCUCCAUCUCUUUCUGCCACCCCUUGUGCUCGUCUUUCUGGCCUCGUCUAGUCUCUCUCUGUACACCAAAGGAAAGGAGAAAAGAGAGGAAAGUGUCGCGUACCAUCGGCAGAGGGCAGCACUCGGCAGGCUGCAUGAAAAACAUAACCUCGUGAACCUAGAGCGAGCGAGAGAGGCGGAGAACGGUGGAACGUUAUAAGGCGCGCGGACAGAGAAUGCGCUUGUCCGCGAGAGAAGGAGACGAGACGAGCAAGGCUAAAAUUAGAAUGUCCGUUGGAAUGCUGCUGGGUUGUGUGUACAGGGUGAUUCAGCAAUCGCGGGAGGAUAGAGAGGAGCACGCGCGCGAAAGAACGGGAGGGUGAAGAGUUUAACGGACGCUCGCGCAAACUUAUUCGUUUUUACAAGAUCGAUUACGAAUUACGAUCGUUUUGGGUUUCAUUUUCCGGCAAAUUUCCCCGCGAUGUAGCUCCGUUGAUUCCUUUUUUUUUUUUUUUUCGUUCUCUGUCACGACGAGGUCAUACAUCUCGUGCCGUGUGACGCGUUCUCUGCAUUCUCUUUUCAAACGGAAACAGACCGCGUCCUCGAGGUCCGUUUCAGACAAGGCAGGGACGUGACGCAAAAGUGUCGCAGGGUCAUCGUCGAAUCGAAAUAUCACGUCGUCGCGAAAAAGGUCCAACGAGAUCGAGCGUGCGCUCGCGCGUACGUCUAUCUUACGCGAGAGCGGUUUAUUUUAAACGAGGCACGCUCUCUCUGAUACUCUCAAACGGUAUAUAUCUACAUGAUCUAAGCAAAUUGCGAGGUCGUCUAGUGGAAGUUAGUCGGUAUAUCGAUUAUCCGAAUCCCCUCUGCUCGAGACUUCUCUCCUUGAUAUCUAGCGAUCGACGCUGCUCUCUAUCCUGCGGUAUCGGUCGGUGGUUAUCCCCUUUGCUCGGUGUACAGAGAGAGAGUAGAAGGCAGAAAGAGAGAGUAUGAGAAGUAGACGAGAGUCAGGGGACCAAGGAAUAGAUAAGCAAAUAAAUAAACUAGCGGGGCGAAGCGAAAGCCAGCCAAGCAGCAGAGGGAGUAGGGCCGCUGGGUGGCUCUCGGGCAAAUGCUCGACGAGGUCGACGUCCUGACACGGAUGGUUGACGCCAUGGGGCCCGCCUCGUAACCGGCCUGGAAAGAAGAACGAGGAAAGCGUGUGGCGAACCAGGCGCUUACCGUUUCGCCACAGCCGGCAGUAACGGUGGAGGGGCCGGUGUCCAAAAUGUCUCCACCAACGAACGACGUGACCAAUGGCGUGGUAGCGCCACCCAACACCUUGGCGCCCCGGGUUUCGCCGACCACGAACCCGGCCCUUACCACCAUCAACCCGCCAACGCACAAGCGGACUCCCAAGGACUUCAUCUUUGGCAAGGCGAUCGGCGAGGGAAGCUUCUCCACCGUUUACCUCGCCAAAGAUAUCCAUACUGGGAAGGAGUACGCGAUAAAAGUAUGUGAUAAGCGUCACAUCAUCAAGGAGAAGAAAACGGAGUACGUGAAGCGGGAGAAGGAGGUGCUAAACAUGCUCGCGGGCGCGAAACACUCGUUCGUGCGCCUGUUUUGCACCUUCCAAGACGUCGAAAGACUCUAUUUCGUUCUAUCGUACGCGAAAAACGGUGAGCUCCUGCCGUAUAUCAACAAGGUGGGCUCGUUCGACAUCGAGUGUACCAAGUUCUACUCGGCGGAGAUCCUUCGCGCUCUCGAGUACCUUCACGGGCUCGGCAUCAUCCAUCGCGAUCUCAAGCCGGAGAACAUAUUGUUGGACGAGAAAAUGCACGUGCUCAUCACCGACUUUGGUAGCGCCAAGAUUCUCAAGGACCCGGAGACAGUGGUGACGCACCCCGCAACGGACGAUUCGCAGCAGCAGCAACAGCAGCAGCAGCAACAACCGUACCGAAGAGAACGCAGGGGUUCGUUCGUUGGUACCGCCCAAUACGUAUCUCCGGAGCUGUUAACCGACAAGACGAGCAGAGCCUCCGAUCUCUGGGCCCUCGGCUGUAUAAUCUACCAGAUGGUCGCUGGUCUGCCACCGUUCCGCUCUAGGAGCGAGUACAUGAUAUUCCAAAAGAUCCUAAAACUCGAGUACGAAAUCCCUGACGGAUUCUGCGAGCUGGCGAGGUCCCUCGUCAGUCAGCUGUUGGUGCUCGAGCCGUCGCAGAGAUUGGGUGCCCAGGACGAACAUGGUGCCGGAUAUCCCAGCAUCAGGGCGCAUCCGUUCUUCGAGGGUGUCGACUUUGAAACCCUCCAUGAGCAGACGCCGCCGCCGAUCUAUCCCUACCUACCCGGUACGUCUGAGAACGAGGAGCUUAGGUCGCAGUACAGGGUUCCCGAUCAUCUGGAACCCGGCCUCGACGACAAACAGCUCACGAGGCUUCUUGGUCUGGGCAUCGGCGAAGACGAUGACGACGACGACGACGACGAGGAUACCACCACUGAGCGCGAGAAACCCGCGCAACCCAGUACGGUCGUCGAGAAACCGAGGAGAACGAGGACCACUGCUGACGGUAGUAACAUCGCCGAUCUAACGCCGGAGGAGAUCAGAAACCGGCUAGAGAAGCAACAUGCCUCGAACCAGUGGGACUGCUUCGUCGAGGGCAACCUGAUACUGAAGCAGGGCUUCGUCAACAAGAGGAAAGGCCUCUUUGCUAGACGAAGGAUGCUCCUGCUCACUACCGGACCACACCUAUAUUACGUCGAUUCUGUAAACAUGGUGCUGAAGGGCGAGAUACCCUGGAGCCCGGAACUUAGGGUCGAGCCGAAGAGCUUCAAGAUCUUCUUCGUCCACACGCCAAACAGAACGUACUAUCUCGAAGAUCCCGAAGGAUUCGCAUUGGAGUGGUGUAGAGCGAUCGAGAAUAUGCGAGUCCAUUACUACGGCCUGCAGGAGUCCACCGCUUAAACAAAAGACUGAUGAACACAGAUCGUUUCGGAUGGAACGGAGCAAAUGAACGUUUCACCCGAUUACGGUAAUAACAAUGUCCGCGAGGUGCGAUCAUCGAUGUAUUAUUAAUUUGUUUAUGGCCAGAGGGGGCGUUUAUUUAGAUCGUUUGUUAGCGUGUAACUCGGCAUUAGGAAAGGUAUAUUCUAGAAUAGGUUAGCGUUUUUCUAACGCGUUCAAAGCACUGUGUACAGAUUAGGAAAAUUUUCUAGAUAAAAAUAUAAAGUGUUUAUAUAAUAGUAGACUUCUGUUGAAAUACAGAGGAAUGGAGAGAUAUACAAAAGGCACAAAAAGUGUUAUCGAAAUCGUGCAAUUGCCGGUUUUUUCACUAGUUACGUUUUGCUAUUUAUUAUCGAACUCGGGGAACCUUGAAAAAGCUGCACGACGUUCCUCGCACGUGAACACACAAGGAAUAGCGAAAUUUUUAGCCAAGGUUUUAGCUGUGUGUAUUCACAAUGUUGAGUGCUGCCUGUGACAUAACGUUCGUGAUCGAGGUCGUCUGGCUGCCCGCUACUUUCAUUACGGGGAAAGGAAAAUAAAGUCGUUCGUCCGCGCGAAUUUUGUUAUUUAUAAUUCGUGACACGUAAUCGGGACAUCGCAAUCAAAAUUUUAUCGUGUUAAAUCGACGCUUCGUAACUCUUUGGGAGAAGAGACGAGAAACAGUAGUACCUGGUUGACGAGGAAAGGAACAAAAGAGUUAUACUAACGUUGGACCGACGUAAACGGAAGCCAGGCGUACGUCGAUUAUUCGCGUUUAAGGCAGUGGCAGUAUGUAGCAAUUUUGUUCCAAAUAUAGCCAAAAUUAUAUAGAAAAAUACAGACGAGUUCUUUUAGAAGUUAAAACGACGGCGGAGUGACAAUGUGUGAUUCGUAUGAUAAUUUUGUGUUCGCUGUCGAUUUUACGAAUCUAGGACAUCAAUUUAUAUAGUCGAAGUUAACCAAAAAAAGAUAAAAAAAUGCAGUGGGGGACAACAUUGCCGCUUUGCAGCUUUAAUAAAUAGUUUACGUUGCCUGAAAGGGAUCUGCGGAAUGUUGCGCGUUAUUCCGUUGGGUCCCUUGCUCUCUUCAUAUUACAGUAUUCUUCUCGUUGUUCGUUACCCCUUUUCCUCCUCGGUACGUUGUAAAUAUUAGCGCGAUGUCACGAAGAGCAGGCUUCGUAAAGCAUAUACUAAUUCUAUAUACAUAGUUCUAUAUAUUUAUAAGUACAAAAAUCGUUGUCCAACCACGGCGUUUUUACGUUCGUUUCUUAGUCCGAUUUUCUUCGUCUCCGAUCUGGCCCUCGCGGACACGAUCGAACAAAAUGUGUAUAGCCGGGAACUAGAAGAACAUUGUUUAGGUCUUAAUUGGAAGUAAUGUUUAGUAGUUUAAAAGAAAAAAAAAAGAUGCAAGAAGAGAAGAUUAGCGUUUGUUGUACAAAGAGAAGCGGUGGAAAUGGGAAGAGCGUUCUUUUCCCGUGAAAGACUUGGCACUUGAACACUAUAAAUUAAGUAGUUAGGAAAUAGAAUCCUUUAAAAAGGAUAGCUUUAAGAGAAGUAGUAUCCCGUUUAGAUUUGCGAGAAUCACACACACAGACACAUACACUACUACACUCGUUGCGUUCAAGAUAUCGUCGUUGUCGUUCUUACUACUAUUCUAAGUUUCUAAUAUUUAGUAACUCUACUACGAUUACAGUUAACAAUAUUAAUUAAUUAUUUCAUCGUAUUACCAACGUAUAAGUAUUUUUCUCCCCUCGUAACUGUCGACGUAUUUAAUUGAACGAUUUUGUUUCUUCAUUUUUUUUUUUCUCUUACGCGCGAUCUUUCCUUAAUUUAUUAUUCGCCGUAUUCGUCCUACGUUUAUUUAUUUUUUAUUUACGUUUUCGUUUACGUUUCCGCGUUAGUAAGGAUCACACGCUUCGUUUACGUGUAGGCGUUCACAUACAGACUUAGUACUAGUACCGCUACUACCACUGCGACUAUUAUUAUUAGUGCUAUUACUAUUACUAUUACUAUAUCUAUUACUAUCUCUAUCAUAGGCGUCGUUGUUGCAUACGUAGAUACACGCAUAUGAAUGCGUGCUCGUCGCGUGUAUAUACGCAUGCACGUGCUUAUAAUACGUUGUGUAACUUAUAUUAUUACUCUCUAUCCUCUUUAGGCGUAAUUUUAGGUAUUUUGUAAAUAAUACUGCCACGUUUAUCGCGUCAACUUGCCGAAACGCUAUUCCUCGGCUUUGUGGCGCUAUCGACUCGUGGCCGGACUGUGUACGAUACAGCUGUAUAUUAUCUAUACAUAAAUAUUCUAUAUAUACAUAUAUAAUUAUAUAUAUAAAAAGGUAUAUAUAUAUAUACAUAUAUACAUAGACGCGUAAAGUUAUAUAAAAUAUUUAUGAAUUGUGAAUAGUAGUUAGGAAAAUCGUGUAUAAACGUUCGUUUGUAGAUUUUAGGCCGAAUACGCGCUUAGGUUUAAUACUUUGUUGACGUUACCUUUGCCACGACUUGAUUGCGCCGUUUCAUUACACGUUGUACUAUAAACGCAUGAUAAUCCCCACGUUCUCCUCGCGAUAUUUAGGAAGACUUAAACAGGGUAUUCGGAGAAGUAUUCGAUGGAGGGUGGUUCGGUUGUCGUGCCUGCGACGCCGCGCAAGUAUGCUCGAAAAAAUGGUGAUUCGUUUAUGGAUCAACAUUGUCCUCGUGCCCAGUGGCUUUUCAAAAUGACCGCUUUUGGCCUGCCACGUACGGUGCUUGCGGGUUGAAACGGGGCGCAUAGGCUCGACGAUCGCCCACCCUCGUCGUUUCUUUCUCUUCAACUAGUGAGAAUCGAUCGCGAGGAGGAGGUACUCGAUAGUUGUUGCCGCCGACAGCCCCCGCCCCCUCCCCGUCCCAAUCCUUAUACUCUUCGUUCCGUAGAAUAGCGUUUCGGUAGCGUUAGGUAAAACGAAGCACCAACACACGCAGUCUUUCUGUCAAAACGAAGCACGUGUCGAGGACAUUCUCAAAAUUUAAGAAGCAUGCGAAUGUUGCUUUGACAAAGACGACGCGGCGACGCUGUUUCACGGCCGAGUCCGAUAUUAUAGUUCCUCGUUGCCUCGACCAACAACUGCUUCCUUUCCGAAGAAAGAACGCGUUCACUACCCUGUCAUCGACCCUGAGAAUCGUUUUAAUCAUGGGUCGUUGAUACGGAGUGCGACACCGGCGUUUCCAUUGUUGUAAACUUUGUAGGUUCUACGUUUUAUGUAGACGUUGCAAACUUUCUGAUGGAAAUGCGUAAAUUUUUCCUAAGCGCUGGCUCCUGUCGAGGGGAAGGAUGGUCGCUUAUUAAAUAGUUUUCCGUCGGUUUUGGAGACUGGUCUUGAGAUUCCUAACCCCAAAGGGCGACGCUUACCUCCUUUUUUUAUUAUAGUUCACUUGCUCUAACUGAACUUAAAGAAAACUUCUAGUGUAUUUGUUGAGUGUCAUUCGACGCAAAAGAUCUAGCUAAUUUAAUUUAUACGCUCGCGAGAGGGAAGAACGAAUACUUAAAAAGAUCAAGCAGGAAUAUGUAUAUGUAAGAGAAGAAAACAUUCGAAUGCACUAACGUAAACUACGCAAGCAAUAACAGCAAGGCCUUGCGAUUAUUCAAAUGCCUACCGUUUCGGCGUAACAAGGACGGUUCAACUAUUAAUUGCAGUAUUAUUAAAUGUAUGCAGACUAAAGUACACUUACACGCGUACACCUACACAACGGUUUACUUAUACACAUUAAAUACUUCACAUUGGAUAAGAAGACUCUGUAAAUAGUUAGCAUGUAAUUGAUAUUAUAGGUGAUACAACCUAUUAAUAUUAACAUCAAAUUUAUUUAUAGUAAAUUUUCCGAAAUAUCGUA